AUGGACAUUGGAGAACUAUUGGACUACAAAGUAUGUUAUAAUUUCUAGUCAAUUUACUAGUUAAAUUAGUUGACAACAAUGUGUUUUUUUUAAGCCUGCUAAUACACCAAAACGACCAUUACCCGAAGAAGAGGUUAAUCAAAUUCAAGAAAAUGAGACGGACUAUGAACGACAGAAGAAAUUAAGACGACUAGCCAAAGCUCGUGUUCAACAAAUUGAAAAACAAGAACAAGAGCGAUUAAAAGCAGAACAAGAAAGAAUUUCUGAAGAACAGCGAAAAAAACAAGAACAUCAAGAAAUGGUGCAAAAAUUAGUUGACGAAAAUUCAAUUGGUUCUGAUGUAUGUAACAAUUAAUCUGUACCAUCUUAAAUAUAUACUUUUAACUUUAUUUAAUACAUAUUUAGCUACUUAUUAAACUGAGUUAAAAUGUAAUAAAAUCAUUGAGAAAUAUUUGUUUGCUAUUUUUAAAUAAAAAUAUUUCUAACUCAAUAAUUAUAAAUAUUAAUGUUUUUUAGAUUGGUGUCUUAGAUGAACCAGCUUUAAAACGUAUGAUUUUAUUAUUUGAAAAAAAAGUACUUAAAAAUCAAGAAAUGCGAAUAAAAUUUCCUGAGAAUCCUGAAAAGUAAUUUAUAAAUUAUGGUUUGUGUACUCUAUUUACUUAUUAUGACUAUUUUGAUUUAGGUUUAUGGAAUCAGAAAUUGAAUUGCAUGAUGUUAUAACAGAAAUGCGUGCUAUAGCAACUGUACCAGAUUUAUACCGGGUUUUAGUUAAUUUAAAAGCUGUUUCAUCAUUGUUAGAAUUGCUUGCUCAUGAGAAUACUGAUAUAGCAGUUGCCGUUGUUAAUUUACUACAGGUUUGUAAUAUUCUAAUUUCUGUACACGAGUAAUUAUUGCAACUUGUUUAUUAUUUUAGGAAUUAACUGAUACUGAUUCAUUAGAUGAAAAUGAAGAAGGUACAGAAAUAUUAAUUGAAGCAUUACUCAGUAAACAGAUAUGUGCUUUACUAGUUCAAAAUCUAGAGCGUAUGGAUGAAUCUGUCAAAGAAGAAGCUAAUGGGGUUCAUACAACUUUAGGAAUAUUUGAAAAUAUUAUGGAACUCAGACCUGAUAUUGUGGUUGAUAUUGGUAAACAAGGUCUUAUUCCUUGGCUUUUAAAAAGAAUUAAAGCUAAAAUCCCAUAUGAUGGCAAUAAACUUUAUUGUAGUGAAAUAUUAUCUAUUUUAUUACAAAACAAUGAAGAUAACAGAGGUUUAGUUGGAGAAGUUGGAGGAAUUGACAUUUUAUUACAACAACUAGCGGUAAAUAUUUUUUUGAGUUAUCACACAAAUAACAAAUAAUAGUUUAUGAUUUUCAAUAUUUAAAUUUCAGUACUAUAAAAGACAUGAUCCAUCUUCACCAGAUGAACAGGAAAUGAUGGAAAACCUUUUUGAUUGUUUAUGUUCAUGUUUAAUGGAUAAACAAAAUAGAGACAGAUUCCUAAGAGGGGAAGGACUUCAGCUAAUGAAUCUUAUAUUAAGGUAAUUUUAUAUUAUAAUAACAUUAUUCUUCUCCUUUGCCUUCAUCCCAAUUAUUUGGGGUGAGCUACCCUUGUUUUGAAUUUCCACUUGACCCAAUCUCUCACCUUGUUUACACUGACUUUCCUCAUAUGAUUCUCUGUCACAUCAAACCAUAUAUUUUUCAGUCUCUCUACUCCUCUUUCCUUUUAUGUUUAUUACAUAACAUUACUAUUUUCAUUAAAAUUCUCUCUGUUUCAUAUUUCUCUUUCCACAUGACAUGCUCAAACCAUCUCAUUUUAUUUACUGUCGAAGCCACACUUCUUUAAAUUUAUCAAUAACAUAUUUUAUUAUAAUAACAAAACAUAAAAAAUUAAUUUAAACAUUUCAGGGAAAAAAAAUUAAGUAGAAAUGGUUCAUUAAAGGUAUUAAACCAUGCAUUAUCAGGUCCACAAGGAAAAGAUAACUGUAACAAGUUUGUUGAUAUAUUAGGACUUCGAACUAUAUUCCCGUUAUUCAUGAAAACUCCUCAAAAAAAUAGAAAGAAAAUGCUUAGUACAGAAGAACAUGAAGGUAAAUAGCAAAUAUUACAAAUACUAAAUUGUAUUUAUUUUAUUGAGAUAAUAACACAACCAUAUAAUUACAGAGCAUGUUGUUUCAAUAAUUGCUAAUAUGUUGCAUAACUGCCGUGGUACACAAAGACAACGUCUCAUGACCAAAUUUGCUGAAAAUGACAUGGAGAAGGUUGAUAGACUCAUGGAACUCCAUUUCAAAUAUGCUGAAAAAGUUGAAAUAAUUGAUGCUGCAAUUGAUGAAAUGGUAAAGUGAUAUUGACAAAAUGUAUUUAUGUAGGUAUUUAUCCUAAUGAUAAUAAUUUUUAGAACAAUGAUGAAGAAGAUGAAGAUGAAAUUUAUUUGAAAAGACUAAAUGGAGGUCUAUUUACCUUACAAUUGGUUGAUUAUAUUAUUUUGGAGGUUUGUAAUAGUGGACCAAACAUCAAAAAAAGAGUAACUCAUAUAUUAAAUAUGAGAGGAGGCACAUUAAAAACCAUAAGGCAAAUAAUGAGAGGUAUUUCAUUAAGUUAUUCUUAUUACCUAUUCAAAUUAUUAUUUAACAAAGUGACACCAUUGAGAAACCAGUGUUUCUCAACCUAAGGGGCACAACCUCUUUAAAGGCUGUCAACUAAUUAUUUAGGGUCUCCAAAAACAUAAAAUAUUGGGCUGUUGUGUAUAAAAUAUAAUAUAUUUAAGAGUAGCUGAAAAAUGAUGUAUUCAUUUAAUGAACCAUUGGUCAUGGCAGUAAAAAGAUUGAGAAACACUAGUCUAAACUAUAACAUCAAAGAACAAGGAAAUUUUUUAACUCUAUAUUUAGAGAUCACUUUUAAUUCACUUCUGUACAUUCAAAAAUUAGUGGUAAACGGUGACCUGAUGGUAAACAUGUUUUUUCAUGUUAUUAAUGUAUUUAGAUUUUAUUAUUAUUAAUUUAUUUAUUGAUCUAUUGCUAUGUUUGCCAAUAUUAACAGCCUUAUAAUAUCUAAAUAUUUAAUGAUAAUUACACUAGUGAUUAUUAGAAUGAUGGUAUUAUAUUAAAUUUAAAUUUACCUUUACAAUGCAAUAGCUUGAUAAUAAUAGAUAUAAAAUUCCUUAUUUUUAUUUAAUUUAAUAAUAAUAAUAAUAAUAGUUAUUUAUUUAUCAUUAAAAAUAAAAAAAAUGUUUCAUUUUGUUUAAUGUAUCAUGAUGACAUUACCCCAGAAAAAAAAACUAAUUUAGAUUUGUAAUAUUAUAAUAUUUAAUUUUUAAAACAGAUCAAUAAAAUCCUGUUAAUGUUGUCUUACAGAAUAUGCUGGUAAUAUUGGUGAAGAAGGUGAUAAAGAAUGGCAGGAACAAGAACAACGACAUAUACUCAAAAUGGUUGAUAAGUUGUAA